AUGAACAGUGGAGUACUUUUAAGCGAAUCAGAAACGGAUACCAGCGAGGUGAGCGGCAGACAAAGCGAGCUGAUUUCUGGCGAUGAAUCAAUUAAGGGUAAACUAGAGGAAUUUAGUGCUAAGCUUAACGAGCUUCGGUUAGCGGACGGAAACUCGGAUGGAGGUGACGAAGAGGAGAGUCUCAGCCCCGACACCAAGUCUCAAAGAGAGGAAUCUUCGGAGAAUAGUGAAAAUGUAUCAAGAAGCACCUCCAGACCACCUCUAACCAGUUCCAUCGUUUCUUCUGUUGAAAGGGAACAGCUCAAAUCACAAGUGAAGGUAAAGAUACGAUUACAACCAAUCGGGGCUAUCCCUCAAAUACAACCUAGAGUAUGCCAAAUCUCAGCGCACCAACAAUUUUUAGCACUUACUAGGUUUCUGUGCAAGAGAUUAAAACGAAAGCAUAUUCAUUGCUACAUCAACAACGCAUUCGCGCCAUCAUUAGAUCAAAACAUUGGCGAUCUAUGGACCCAAUUCAAAGUCAACGACGAACUUAUUGUCAGCUACUGCGAAACGGUAGCAUUCGGGUAG